UAUGUGUAUAUUUUAAUUAAAUUAAAUAAUUAAAAAAGAAAUAAAAUUCAUAAUAAAAAAAAAAUAAAGAUUAAUAAAAAAAUGGAGCAAUCAAACAGCAGUUUAUGGUCUUGCAUUCCUUUAAAAAAAUGCACCGACAUUAAAGUAAUCGCUUUUGGCAACGUUUUACUGAGUUACACAGCCUAUUUGGAGGAUACUAAACUAUUGGAUCGUUAUAAAUUAUCGAUGAAUACUGAAUGUGAAAUCGAUGAUCAAACAUUAGCUGAAGUUACUGCUGAAGUCAUUGUAAAUAAAGAACAACAUGAGCCUAAACUAGGUGGAUCUGCUAUAAAUACUGUUUGCAUUUUAAAGUCCUUGGGAACGAAUGCCUUAUUUUUUGGGGCUUGUGGAGAUGAUGCUCAAUCUGAAAUAAUGUAUGAACUGUUGAAAAACUCUAAUAUGGAUAGAUUCCAAUUUAAACUACAAACUGUACCCGAUACCGCCACAGGACGUCGCAUAUCAUUGGUGCAUAAAGACUCAAAUGCUAAAUAUACAAAUAAUGGAGCUUCAGUUAAAUUUACAGGAGCUUAUUUGCAACAAGUCGAAAGAGAGGAAAACGGUUCAUUUCUUAGACCAUUAAAUCGCAAACAGAUUUUCUAUAUUGAAGGCUUUUUUGUGCCAAAAUGUGAAGCGGUCACCACAUUCAUAGUGCGUCACUAUAUUAAAGGUCGUCAUUAUUUGGCUCUGAAUUUAAGUGCGGAUUAUAUUGUGAGAAUCAAUUUUCCCCACAUGCUCUUCUUGGCCAACAACUCACUUUUCAUAUUUGGUAAUAGAGUUGAAUUCGAUGCUUUUCGUGAAUGUUGGGGUGCUAGUUGUAUAAAAGAGUUGGCUAUCGCAUUGGCAAAAGAAUCAAAAGUUCCUAAGAUCCUUGUCAUAACAAAUGGUGCUGAAUAUGUUGAAUUGAUUACAAAUUAUGUAGAUGAGAAAUCUGGGCCCGGUAAUUUGACAUUUUAUUCGUUUCAUAUAACGCCAGCUGAAAACGUCACGGAUACUACCGGUUGUGGCGAUGUGUUUGUUAGUGCUUUUCUCCAUGAAUGGUUGAAUAAAAGUUCUCUAAGUCAAUGCGCCCGUGUCGCCUGCGGUCUUGCAACAAAAUCAAUUCAAAAUAAUGGGCGUUGUUCAUAUCGUGAAUCAUUCACUUCAGUUUAGUUAUUAAUAUGUAAAAAAGUUUCAUAUUCAUUCAAAAGUAUACAAAUUAUCGUAUUUAAUUUCCCAAAAUGAAAAGUUUAAGUUCAAAUUUUUUAAAAAUUUUAAAAAUUUUGAAUGGUAGUUUACUAUUGAAACAUUUUUGAGUUAAUUUUAUAAAUGAGAUCUCAAACAGUUAAUUUAUUUUAAUUCUCAAAAAUCCAACUUAUUGUCUAUAUCUUAAUGUAACAUACAUUAUCCGAUACAAUAGAUAACUUUCAUAGAAUCGUCUGAAUGUGUAAAAGUAUUGAUAAUAUGCACUGGUAUUGAUAAAAGUAUAAUAAGAGAAGCAUACUUUCAAAGUUCAAUUCCUCUAUUCAUGAUAAUGGAAACACAUACUUACAUACUCUCAUGCAUACGUUCAUUUGUGCACGUUUGACAAAUACAAAAUUUCUAAAAUAAAUUCCUUCUGACAGACAAUUUCAUGUCCUUGUUGUUAUUUGAGUUCUGGACAAAAUCAAAUUUUUACACAAUUGUAUUAAGGUGCAUAUGUAUCUGUGUAUGUGCAUAUGUAUGUAUAAAGGUGUAUGUAUGGCUUUUUGUGUAUUGAACUCGGUUGGUAUCGGUUAAAUCACGUACAACAUUAAAUCUGCUGUUAAUUACAUGAUAUUAAUUUUCCACAUAAUGUCCAUCAAAUGAAGGAGUGUCCAACUAUUUAUUCUUCGUACUGAAUUAUAUGGGCGGAUGAUGUUACAUUUUCUAUACGUUCAUAUAUAAAAAAAAAAUACAAAAACAACACAAAUAAGUUAAAUUCUAAGGGCCUUAUGCAAAAAACGAUUAAACGAUGGUUUACUACACACAUAGGUUUUUACAUAAGGAGGUUAAUAUUUACCUCCUUAAGACGAUUAAUAAGUUAACAAUGGUUAUUAAAACCUCUUUUUAUAUGGAAAAAGUGUGUAAUAAACCAUAUCAACUAUCAAAAGAUAUUUCUACGGUAACUGCAUUGCAGAUCGUUUUUGCAUAAGGCCCUUAUUCUAUAAUUUUGGAAUACUUCUCACGGCCCAAACCAUUAUUGGAAAAUGAAAGUAUUUUUAGUUAAUUUGUAGUGUAACAAACUCCAACAUAUGUAUAUGCUGGAUUUACUAUAAUUACUAAAAGGAAAUCCAAAUUUGUCAUCAUUUAUACUAAUCGCUAACUCCAGAACUUAUGUUGACAGUUUUCAUACAAAAAUUAUGUCAACCAUCAGAUAAUAUAUCGGUUAAACGAUAACUGCUGGUUUAGUUAUAGAGGCUAAGUAAAUUUCAGCUAAAAAGGAUAUUUUUGAUGUAAUCCAGAUAAUCAUGUUUCCUCUAAAGAACCACUGUGUAAUCUUUUAUUUGGUGAAUAAACAUAUAUAAUCUAUUGGUCCACCUUCGUUGAUAACUACCCAUCAUAUUUAUAUAAUAUACAAAUACUUUGAGAUAACUUUAGGGACAUUGAUUACUAGGAUAAGAAAUUAAUUUUUUUCUGAGAUAUAAGAUAACUAGAUAUUUAUUCGGUAACAGCAUUGCAUUUAAUAUGUAACUUUCUGUUCUACUUAAUUAUUGGACUCAUUAAAGAAAAUCGAAUAUUAAGCGCGUUCCAUAGGUUGCCAAUCGCAACAUCAGAAUAAAAUUUGUUGCAUACAUACGAUAUCCAAGUACAUUGUACAAUUCCCACCCAUGCAUGUUUAAUUCAAUCACCACGAGUAUGAGAGUGAAGUUGAAGAAAACAUUGAUGUUUGUUUUAAACAUUAAACAAUAAAAUUUAAGGGGUCGGUAGCACAACAAUGACAGGGAAAGAUGGACAGUCUAAUACAUGACACACAGUUCAAUGUGUUGAGCAAACUAUUGAAUGAGUGGUCACUGAAGGAAGUAAUUAAUGUCAUCAUGUGGUUUAUUGGUUUGUUUGGAAAUUGAACGUUUCAAUAGAUGUGCAUUGAAAAAUAUUUCUACAACCACAGCCACAACUAAGCAAAUUUAAAUAUUGAAGUUAAAUAUUUUUUUUCGAAUUUUAAUACAAAAUUUGAAGAAUUUGAAGGAAUU